ACGCUACGGGUCCACGUGGUAAAGGGUUCAAAUUCAUCAUUACAGCUAUAAAUCCAGCUGAGGGUACAUCGAAUCAGCCAAUGAAAAAUGGUACAGCUUCCAAGUCCAAAGCAAGUUGUGGCUUAGCGUUCCGCUGUAAUAAUAAUUGGUGCAUUGAUAAAGAUCUUAUAUGUGAUAGAAUUAACCAUUGUGGUGAUUAUUCGGACGAAUCAUCAGAAGGACGUGCAAAGUGUGAUAGCGUCCUAAAUCGGUUUAUGACUCUUGGAGUCACAGCUGCCGUCGCCAUCACUGUUGGUAGCAUCGUAAUAUUCAUUGUCUGCAUUGUAGCCAUUAUUUGCUGCUGCAAGAAAUCGGCCUGUAAAAAAGCGGAUCCAAAUAGUAUCACAACUACAGCAACUUCCGUUGUGACGAACGGAAGUGUAACACCUUUCCAAGGAAAAAUAAAUAAAGCAAAUCCACCCGCAGUGUUCACGCAUGCUCACCAGGGCUAUCAUCCAAUCCAACCCAGUGUUCCAGCAAUCGGACCAGCUUACACACCACUUACCCGGGAGUCGUACACCCAGUCAGCUAGUCCGUAUUCGUCGCAACCUACAUCAUGUCAUCGCUCAGCCACACCUACAAGCAGCAAAUCAGCCAAAUCGAAUCGUUCCAACCAAAGUGUUACUUUCAGCCAAGGCACGGAAAAACUCUCGCUUCCCGUUAAUGUUUAAGACGAAAUUUUUCCACCAUAACACACUCGCACGUUAACGACGUUGUUCUCACAAUAUAUGUAUGCAUACAUAAAUACAUAUACACACACACAUACAUCUGUAUAUAAACAUAGAUACAUACAUACAUACAUACAAACACAC